UUUCCGUUUUUAUGGGAGGUGGAUGUUAUGAUUUUAAAAGUGAAAUUUAAAGACACAAUUCGUUUUUCAGGUAAAAUGAGCAACAGGGGGUAUUAUAAUUCGCCUAGGGGAUAUUCUCCUUACAAUUCAACGAACAGAAAUUAUGGAAAUGGACAGAGUCAAUCGGGACAACCUUUCGUUUGGGGGUCUCCUGCUCAAAGCUCACCGUCACCUCAGAACAGUUUCUCAUACCCAAACAGAAGACCGUCCAUGUCGCCCAGGCAUCAACAGUUUAGUCCACGACACCACAGUUUUAAUGAAAGUUUUACUCCGUCAAAUCGUAGAAUAUCUAGUCCGAAAGACCACCUUUUCAAGACUCCCAACACCGAUUAUAUCCCUUUUCCUUCACCUAGUUCAGGUGGAAAUAGGGGGAGGGGGAGUGGGAGAAAAUCGUUUAACUCAUUUCAGAACCCUCGGAAGGAUAGUUCAUGUAACCCAGGAGGAAGUCAAAAUAUUGAAGAUUAUUACCACCCAGAAAUGUUACAAGACCCUUGGAAAUAUUGCACUCCUGUGCCAGUUUAAAUAUUUAAAACCUAUUAUUCCCACAUGGGAUGUUAUGUCAGGUUUUAAUAUAAAUUUCCAUAAGGAAGUUCGUGAAAUAUUGCUUAGUUUCCAAAUAUGGUUCCGAAAUACGUUUAAACAGGCAGCAUCAAUAUUUUGUGACAAAUCAGAAACCUGAUCUGGAAAGUCUGUGUUAGUGAAUUCAAAUGCAAAACCUAAAAUCUUUAAACUAUGUUUCCAAAAUUGGCAGUGAAGUUUAUAUAUCAUCAUGGAAUCAGCUUUGAGUUUAUCACAGAAAAUUAAACAUUUCAUGUGUUCAAGCUAAAAACAGAUAUUCUGUGACAAAGAAGUAUUUUUAAUCUAAAUAUAUAACAACAUCUGACACUUUUCAUGAAUAUACUUUUUAAUCAAGACAAAAUGCAUGGCAAUUUGUCUUUUUAUAACUGUUUUGUCAUUAUCAAAUGAAAUUUGUGAAUUUCAUAGUUUUAUUUUAUAUUAUUGAAAAUGAAUUUCUAAUCUUUUA